UUUAUAGGGGACCUUGAUUUGCUUGCCCUUAGUGAGGAGGAUUGGGCGCUUAUGCGGGAGUUCUAUAUUGCCCUAAAUGACGAUAAGAUGUAUAGUUAUAUUCGCUGCCGGGAGUAUUGGUUUAAUAUGAAGAAAAAUAGCUUAGGAGUCUAUAGCCGCUGUAUUAGUCGAGAUAGGGAGAGAACCGCUGACGAGCCCUACUUCUUUAGCGCUGCGAAUAGCCUUAACUUCGGGGAAGUCCCUGGUAAUCUACCUAGCCUAACGAUGGUUAAGGAGAUGCUGAUUGCUAGGGUUUAUAUAUACGUGAAGUAUAAAUACCGCGGCUAUGUUAUUUACUUCCUUCGUAAUGUUGGUAGGCUAUUUGAAGAGCUCUUGGUCUUACCUGAAGAGCUAGAUAUUGUGCUCUUGUGGCCUCUUAAUAUAGAGGGCGACCCUUACUUCUAG